AUGGAGAAAGUCAAGAGUUCUAAGCUCGCUCAUUGGACGGAUAAGCUUGCCGUGUCGAGCGAGCCCGGCUUGAGCAAUACACAGCUCUUGCUCACGAACCACGACUUGAAACCUGUCGAGCCUGAGCGUCGACAAUGGGGGCCCUGGAACUUCGUCGGAUUCUGGGUUGCUGAUUCUUUCAACAUCAACACUUGGAUGAUCGCGUCUUCCUCGCUUGUUGUCGGACUCUCGUGGUGGCAGGCCUGGAUUUGCGUCUGGGUUGGCUACGCUAUCGCGGCUUGCUUCAUAUGCAUGACUGGUAGAAUAGGUGCCCAGUACCACAUCAGUUUCCCAGUCGUUGCCCGAUCUUCCUUCGGCAUAUGGGGCGCGCUAUGGCCUGUCUUCAAUCGAGCCGCAAUGGCAUGCAUCUGGUACGGUGUGCAGGCUUGGAUUGGAGGUACUUGCGUCGGUCUCAUGAUCCGGUCUAUCUGGUUAAGCUGGGCCAAUGUCCCCGAUGGCAUGCACAGCAGCGACCCAGAGCUGUUCAACACCAGGACGUUCGUGGGCUUCUUCCUGUUCUGGGUCGGCUCUUUACCGUUCAUAUAUCCACCAGUCCACAAGAUCAGGCAUCUGUUCACCGUCAAGGCCUACGUCGUCCCAACCGCCGGCAUCGCUUUCUUCAUCUGGGCCAUCGUUAGAGCAAAGGGUAUCGGUCCAAUCGUGCACCAGCCCAACACCAUUCAUGGAUCCGAGCUCGCAUGGGAGAUGGUCAAGGGCAUAAUGAGCUCCAUCGCCAACUUCGCGACGCUGAUCGUCAACGAUCCCGAUUUCUCUCGUUUCGCCAAGAAGCCUAAAGACGCACUCUGGUCCCAGUUGUUCACCAUUCCCAUCGGAUUCGCUCUGACCUCGUUCAUUGGUAUUAUUGUCUCCUCGUCGUCGGUGGUCAUCUUCGGCACUGCGAUCUGGAACCCCUUGGACCUUCUGGAGCAGUUCCUGAACGAGCCAGGCGUCAGUGGCGGUGCGCGGUUUGGCGUCUUCAUCAUCUCUGCUGCCUUUGUUCUCGCUCAGCUGGGCACCAAUAUUGCCGCCAACUCCGUCUCGGCCGGUACGGACUUGACUGCCCUACUUCCCCGAUACAUCAACAUCCGCCGCGGCGGCUAUAUCUGCGCCCUCAUCGGUCUAGUCAUGUGCCCAUGGAACCUCUUCAAGUCGUCCAACCAGUUCACGACGUACCUCUCCGCCUACUCCGUCUUCCUCUCCUCAAUCGCCGGCGUGAUCAUCUGCGACUACUACCUCGUCCGCAAAGGCUAUCUUGAGAUCAAGGAGCUCUACUCCGGCCGCAAGACCGACGCCUACUACUUCACCUUCGGCUUCCACUUGCGGGGCUACAUCUCCUACAUCCUCGGAAUCGUCAUCAACGUCGUUGGCUUCGUGGGCGCCAUCGGCGUCGACGUCCCUAUCGGCGCGACGUACAUCUACAACGUCAACUUCUUUGCGGGAUUUAUAGUCGCCAGCGGGUCGUACUAUCUGCUAUGCAGGUUCUUCCCGGUCCCGGCGUGCAGUGAUACGUGGUUGGAGGUCGGGGAUGAGAUUAGGAACGUGUCGGUCGUUUAUGAUAAUACGAGUGACGAGGAACAUAAUGCGGGUGCUAAGGCUGCCGAGGCGGCGUCGAUGAGCAGGGCUUUCUAG